AUGACGCCAGGCUGGAUGGGAACGGAGUCCGUCCACGACCACCACGACCAUCAGGCGGAAGAUCACGAUGACGGAAACGAAUUCCUGCCUUUGUGGGCAGCGAAAGUUCUGUCGGCGAUUCUCAUGAUCGCCGUCUCUGCGUUGUGCUGUCUCAUUCCUGUGUACAUUGCGAGACAAGCUCGGAAACACUCCCGGAAAGGACGCGAAGGCAGCCGCCUGCGUGUCUUUCAGGCGCUGCUGUCCAUCAUCAACUGCUUUGCCGCUGGCGCCUUUCUCGGCCUGGCGCUCAUUCAUGUGCUCCCCGAAGCAGUCAGCCAGCUGAACGCGCGUGGCUUUCUCCUGGUUCUCGAGGGCGGUUCCUCGCACCACAGCCAUCCUUACAACAUUGCCUACCUGCUGGCUGCAGUAGGGUUCACGGCCAUGCUGGGCGUCGAGACUCUCCUCGGCGGCGGCCAUUCGCACUGCCACCACGACAGCUCUCUGAGUCUGGGUUCCCCGACGACGCGUCCCCCUGGUGCGUUCGUCGUGGCCGUUCCCGACAGCGCUCUCGGCGGCCACUCGCCCGUGCCGUCGCCGCGGUCGCUGCCGCAUUCCUCGCAUCAACACGCCCAACACCACGUCUUGUGCACGACGGCGAACUACUGCCCCGACUGCGACGACUGCCUAGAGGCGAUCACCACCGUGAACGGCAUGUCUGGGGAGAGAGAGUUGCCGGCAGGCGGAAGCGUCGAGCUCAGCCUCGCCAUGCCGAGCGCGCCUGCGUCCACGCCGCCCUCAGUCGACGACCUCACCAUCGUCUCUCCAGGAAAAGAGAACGGCGCUUCCUCCGGCACGCAGACGCACGUCAACGACGGGUGCAAAGCUGCAAGCAAAACGCGGGGAACCCCCGAGGCCGACGGGGCUGCGACGCACGGGGAGAUCUGCGGCGUGGCGUUCGCCAAAGCGUUCGAGGCUCCGGACGUGGCAGCCAGUCGCUCGGACUCGCCUUCGCCCGUGUCGCCGUCCUCAGCGCGCAAACGGGAGUCCUGCAGCUCUCAGAGAGAGCGCUCACGGUCGGGCGAGCCGGAGGGUAGAAAGCCGCUGGAGUGCUGUGGCGAGAAGACAGGCUGCAGGGGGUCGCGACGCGCCGCCGACGAAGGCCACUGCGUCCACGCGGGGGGAUGCUGCGGCGCGAACGGCGAGGGAGCGACGAGAUGUUGCCAUGGCCAUUCGCACUGCCCAGAUUCCGCUUCCCGGAUCCACUCCGGGUCUAUAGGCGUCAAUGUGCAGGGCGGAGACAACCUCGGCGGAAGACAGCCGGACCGGCUUUGCAGCGAUGGCAGCGCCUGCGAGUCUCUGGAACGCCGCGGAAGCAACCUGUCGAAUCCGCUUGCCUCAGGUUUUCCUUCCCAGGCCGAGGAGUCCAACUGUUUCUACAAACCAGUUGACGACUUGAUCCCCCCCAGUCAGGCGCCGUCGUCCGGCGGGCCGGGGCCCUACCCCGGAGACAAAUGCGGCAGGUUCGCCCGCGGCAAGGCUGGCCCUGGCGCGCUGUUGCACCGUCACGAGGAAGUUGGUCGGAGCGCGGGCGCAAACGCGCUCGGGAAAAGAAAGAUCCAGCGGCUUCAGAUGUGCUGCGCGAGCAUCGACAGCGCCAAGAUCUCUCUCGCAGUCGCGCUGGGCGUCCACGCCAUCUUUGAAGGGAUUAUUCUCGGCACAACGCAGAGUAGCCAAAAUGUCUGGAUUGCCACGCUCGCCAUUCUUGGACACAAGGGAGCAGAGGCAGUCGCAGUUGCGUCGGCAGUUCUGAAAAUGAACAUGAGCACGGUGCCUUUCGUCGUCAUGUUGGCGGCCUUUAUUCUUGCUUCCCCCCUGGGCAUCUUGGUGGGGGUUUUCGCAGCGACUGGUGGCACGGCAGUCUCAGGUGUGUUCAACGCUUUGGCUGUCGGCGCAAUUCUCUACGCAACAAAUGAGAUGCUCUCGGAAUUCUCUGGAAGUUGCUCCUGCGGAAAGCGCGUCGUCAAGCUCCUGGCCUUCAUCGUUGGGCUCGGCGUGCUGUUUGGGCUGGACCUCAUUCACACUCCUUUCUGCGGCCACAACCACUCUGACCAUGGGCAUGGCGCGCAUGAGGCUCAUUCCCACGAGAUGCACGAUCAUUCUCGCCAUCACGGGUAG